GAAAUUUUUGGUCUGCUUUUAAGCUUUAAAAAUCUAUCAGUCUCGAAACUUAAGAUGCACCAUCUAUCGAUACGGACAUACACAUACACUUAGACGUUUGCAUCCGAAAACGAAUGUCGUGAAAUUUCUUUUUCUGUUCAUUUUUUACCGAUAAAAUCGUAAGCAAACAACUUAGCGAGUAGAAAUGUCAUCCCAGCAUCUUGCCAAACCAGCUCAUUAAUGCGUUAUUACAAUUUUCUUUUAGAAUCACUUUUUUUUCUUUGUUUGGUCAGCGUGCAAAACCGGAUAUCUCGGAACGAAUUCUAUUCUUCUUUUUAGAGCUGAGAACAAGAACUGAAAGAAUCAUUUGCAUUUGAUAAUUCCUUAGAGUGUGAACAUGGAAUUUUUUCCUUGGAACCUCUUUUGAAAGAUAUAAAAAAUCAUUUUUUCUACAACACGGAUUAUAAUUAUCCUUAUAAAUGUGUUUAUACUUCACUUAUUAGUAAAUGAAGAAAUCACUAUAUAAAGAUUUUUAUAGCAUAUAUAUUAUUAUUUCACGUAUUAUAUAUUUUUUACUUGUGGAAAUGUUUCGGUUUAAAAUUUACUUUAUUAAUCACGUUCGAUUUUUAUACAUUCACUAUUCAAGUUAACAUCACAUUACUGACAAACUCACUCUUUUGUCACUUAAAUGUUACCCUUUUCUAUCGUUCUCGUUAUAUGGCUAUGUCACGACUGUCUUAUGGAAAUAAUUCUGUAGUUAAGGAUUCAUUAAUAAUGCACUCUCACCAGAUGUUCUAAGUGGCAAUUUUUUUUUCAGUUGCAAUACUUUGCAACAACGUAAAAAAUACUGCAAGCUGCACAUUUUCCACGAGUCUUCUGAAUUUUUCAAUAGUUUGCCUCGUUUCGUAUCAUCAUAAUUAUGGUCGUAAGAAACUUUUGCAUUGUUUCUGAAAAUUUCUGCACGUGCAUGGUCACAACUUUACAUAUAUGAAGCAAAAAAAAAACCACGAAACAACGAAAAGUACGUUUCUGGCGGUCGAUGAACUUCGAAUACUCGUCUGCGUGCACUUGUCAUUGUAAUUUAUUUAUCAACCCUUUUUGGCAGAUGAACGUUGACGAGACGAUAAUAACACCUUUCUGGCUGUUGUAAUAUUUACGACAGUACAAUGUGCCUUCGCAUUUCACGAAUUUCGUUGAAAGCAUGCGUGAUAACAACACUCCAAAAAGUGGGGAUAAUAUUGUCAACGAAAGAAGAUCAGUACCCCUUUGACGAAUGACAUGGAUCGUUCAAAUGGAUAUAAUGAUUUAGAAUGGGCAAUUGGUUUAAAUCGCCGCAUGUUGAAACUUGUUGGUUUGUGGCCACAAAAUAGUACGAUUUCGUAUGAAGUCAUAUUCUCGAAAUUUUGCUUGUUGUUUAACAUUAUCACGUUGAUUUUCGUAUUAACAAUACCGGCUUUAGCAUCGUUGAUCAGAGUAUGGGGUGAUAUGAUACUGAUGAUAGAUAACUUGCAAUAUACUCUACCUUUAUUGAUUACGAUAUUAAAAGUCUCCAUUAUGUGGUGCAAAAGAGAAGCUUUAUCGCCGCUAAUUGACAUGGUGAUAAAAGACUGGACGAAAGUGAAAAUGGAAGAAGAGCGAAAUGUUAUGCUAAAGCAAGCUAGAAUCACUCGCAUACUUGCGAUGUGCGGAGGAUUCAUGAUAUUUCUUACACUCUUAAUCACUUUCAGCUCUUUGUUUUUUGGACUGACGCUGAGGCACGUAACAAAUUUAACUGAUCCUGGAAAACCACUGCCACUUCAAACAUAUUACUUGCACGAUGUGUCCAAGAGUCCGCAAUUCGAGCUGACGUUUUUCACACAAGGAAUCGCAGUAACCACAUCUGGUCUCAGUUAUACAGCAGUCGACAACUUUCUUGGACUAUUACUUUUACACAUAUGCGGUCAAAUAGAAAACCUGCAUUUGCGAUUAUUGAAUUUAGGAAAGAAUUCGAAUUUUAUAGCAACUUUAAAAUUCAACGUCAAGGAUCACAUUCGCUUGAUCAGUUCCAUUCAAAUUAUUGAUAAUACGUUCAACUUAAUGCUGCUUGGUCUAAUAUUCUUUUUUGGUGUACUAUUCUGUCUUCAAGGUUUUCUAAUAAUUAAUGUUCUUAAGCAAGGAGAAAACUUAACACUUUUACAUUUCAUUUGGUACAUCUCCGCAAAUGUAUGUGUUUUACUGCACAUGUGUCUUUACUGUGCGAUCGGUGAAUUUCUUGUGACACAAUCUGAAAAAAUACAUAGCGCCACGUAUGAAUACUUAUGGUAUACUUUGGAACCAAAAGCAGCAAAACAUUUAAUACUAGUCAUGCUCCGCGCGAAGAAACCACUUUAUAUUACGGCAGGAAAAACGUUUCCAAUGACAAUGGCCACAUUUUGCAAUUUAUUAAAAACAUCAGCUGGCUAUGUAUCUGUGUUACUUGCUAAUCGAGAUUAAAAAACAACGCAAUAUGUAGCUGGUACGUUAGCAUAUAUUAUAAUGUAAAAUUUAAAAAUAUGAAUUAUAAAUA